AUGUCUAUUGAAAAUAGUGACAAACCCAGUCACGUCACCGAAGCAUGGUGGAAGGAGGCAUCCGUCUAUCAGAUCUACCCUGCAUCGUUCAAUGACUCCAACGGCGAUGGCAUUGGCGAUAUUCCCGGCGUGAUUGAGAAGUUGGACUACUUCAAACGACUCAACGUCGAUAUUGUUUGGCUUUGUCCAGUAUAUCCAUCGCCGCAGGUCGACAUGGGAUAUGAUGUCGCCGACUACUGCGAUAUUGACCCGCAGUAUGGUACCAUGGCCGAUGUUGAACAACUUGUUGACGGCCUCCACUCGAGAGGCCUGAAGCUACUGAUGGAUCUUGUUGUGAAUCAUACCUCAGAUCAGCACAAGUGGUUUCAAGAAUCUAGAUCUUCCCGUGACAAUCCCUACCGGGAGUACUACAUUUGGCGGAAGCCUCGAUACGAUGAGCACGGCGAGCGUCAGCCUCCGAACAACUGGGUCUCUUAUUUUGGAGGCAGUGCUUGGGAGUACGAUGCAUCCUCGGACGAAUACUACCUCCAUUUGUUUGCCAAAGAGCAACCCGAUCUCAACUGGGAACAUUCCCCCGUGCGCCAAGCAGUACAUGAUAUCAUUCGUUUUUGGCUAGACAAGGGAGUUGAUGGCUUUCGAAUGGACGUCAUAAACUUUAUCAGCAAAGCAGAUGGGCUGCCAGAUGCUCAAAUUCAUAUUCCUGGGGCCAAGUAUCAAUCGGGACAUGAGCACUUCGCAUGUGGUCCCCGACUUCAUGAGUAUCUGCAAGACAUAGGCAGUAUUCUUAAAAAGUACAAUGCCUUCUCUGUUGGUGAGAUGCCUGCGGUUCAAGAUCCGAAGGAGAUCAUCAAAAGUGUGGGCGAAAACCGGGGCGAGCUCAACAUGAUCUUCAACUUCGAGAUUGUGGAUAUGGAUCACGGAGACAAAGGGAAGUUCUCGCCGCGUAAAUGGGUAAUGCAAGACCUCAAGACCAUUGUCAACAAGUGGCAGACCUUCAUGUACAACAACGGCGGGUGGAACGCACUGUACCUCGAAAAUCAUGACCAAAGCCGCACUGUCUCGAGAUAUGUCUCCGAUAAACCCGUAUACCGCGCGUUAUCUUCUAAGAUGCUGUCGACAUUCCUGUGCUUCCAGAGUGGCACGGUAUUUGUCUAUCAAGGCCAGGAGUUGGGGAUGAAGAAUAUGCCCGAAGAGUGGGAGAUGACCGAACAUCGGGAUCUUGAGACAUUGAACCAUUGGGAGGAAGUUCAGCAGAUAGCUGGUACGGACGCGGCAGCUCUUGAGAUUGCACGCAAGGAAUAUCAGCUUAAAUCGCGUGACCACGCGCGAACACCCGUACAGUGGGAUGCGACACCGAAUGCCGGCUUCACAACGGGCACACCCUGGAUCAGAGUCAAUGACGACUACGAGACCUGGAAUGCAGCCGCCCAAGUAAGCACACGAGACAGUGUGUUCGAGUACUGGCGAUCAGCUCUAUCACUAAGAAAGGAGCUUAAGAAGAUCAUCGUCUAUGGGGACUUUGAGCUCCUUGACAAGGACGACGACGAUAUAUUUGCCUAUGCCCGCUCCAAUGGUGGACAAAAGGUGGUAGUUGUCUGCAACUUCAAAGAACGUGAGGUUCCUUGGCCUGCAUUCACCUCGGCCGGUCUGAAGUCGGGUAAGGUUUUGCUUUCAAACUAUUCAGAGAUGGAUCUGAAGCAGGAAACACUUGUUUUGCGGCCCUUUGAGGCUUUUGUUUGUCACUUGAGUGAAGCCUAA